UGACUGACAGUUUGAGAGUGGGGGAGGAGGGGGAAAAACAGAGUUAGUGAAAGGGAAGAAGAAAGGAAGAGUUGACUAGGCAGAUAUAUUAGAGAAAGAGGGAAAUGCGCUAGGUGUUAGUCAGGAAUGCAUCGUUUAAAAUCACUACCUUCCUUCACAGCUGGAGCCUGUCACUUUCGAGUCGAAAAUGUUUUGGGGAAAUCCAACAGCUUUGUCAAUCGACUGUGGGCAUGGCAACAUUCCCCCAGGGGGCGGGCGACGAGCGGCGUGAGCGGUGCUGAUAGAAAUCCCCUUCUGAAAGCCUCGAAGUCCCCGGUGAAAAAAAAUGAGCAUGGAGACGUUCAGAAAGAACCGAGGAAGCACAAACCGGGCCUGAUGCCAGGACUGGAAGACAUGCUUUUCUACACAAUCACCGAGGGACAUGAGCAGAUUCCGAUCCCCAAGUUUAUCAGUGCACUGAAAUCAACAGGACUGCUGACCUCUGACCCCCGGCUUAAAUACUGCAUCGAUCUUCUGCGUCAAACAGUACAGAGUUCCUCAAGUGGAAUUACCCUGGACAGACAUCUCUUCAGAAAGGUCUUUGGGAGUAACAUCGUGCUGCUUACCCAGGCCUUCAGGAAAAAAUUUGUCAUUCCCGACUUUGAAGUAUUUUCCUCACACAUAAACCGGCUUUAUGAGAAUGCAAGAAAGAAGACCUCUGGUAAGGUUGCAGACUAUAUCCCACAGCUGGCAAAGUUCAGCCCGGAUCUGUGGGGGGUGUCUCUGUGUACCGUAGAUGGACAGAGACACUCUGUUGGAGACACCAAAAUCCCCUUCUGUUUACAAUCCUGCAUAAAGCCAUUGGAGUAUGCCAUUGCAGUUAAUGAGUUCAACACUGAUUAUGUUCACCAGUAUGUGGGCAAAGAGCCCAGUGGACUACGGUUCAAUAAGGUCUUUUUGAACGAGGAAGAUAAACCCCACAAUCCCAUGGUCAAUGCAGGAGCAAUUGUUGUUACCUCACUUAUCAAGCCUGGAGCUAACAAAGCAGAGAAAUUUGACUGUGUUAUGAAUUUUCUGAAUAAGAUGGCUGGUAAUGAAUAUGUGGGCUUCAGCAAUGCUACGUUUCAGUCAGAAAAAGAGACAGGAGACAGGAAUUUUGCCAUUGGAUACUACUUGAAAGAGAAGAAGUGCUUUCCAGAAGGUGUUGACAUGAUCGCUACAUUAGAUUUCUACUUCCAGCUGUGUUCGAUCGAGGUGACAUGUGAGUCAGGUGGAGUAAUGGCUGCCACCUUAGCCAAUGGGGGAAUCUGCCCAAUCACAGGAGAGCGGGUCCUGAGCGCUGAGGCAGUGAGGAACACCCUCAGCCUGAUGCACUCGUGUGGCAUGUAUGAUUUUUCCGGCGAAUUUGCUUUCCAUGUUGGCCUUCCAGCAAAAUCUGGGGUUUCUGGUGGUGUUCUGCUGGUAGUGCCCAAUGUGAUGGGCAUCAUGUGUUGGUCUCCUGCCUUGGACAAAGUUGGAAAUAGUGUGAGAGGUAUCGAUUUCUGUCAGGAGCUGGUUUCUCUGUUCAACUUUCACAACUAUGACAAUCUGAGGCAUUUUGCCAGGAAACUAGAUCCACGGAGAAACGGAAGUGAAGUCAAGGAGGAAUCAGUGGUGAACUUGCUCUUUGCUGCAUACAGUGGUGACAUAGCUGCACUGCGGAGAUUUGCACUCUCUGCCAUGGAUAUGGAACAGAAAGACUAUGAUUCACGUACACCGCUGCACAUAGCUGCAGCUGAAGGUCACGUGGAAGUGGUCAGUUUUCUUCUCGAUGGCUGUCGUGUAAACCCCUUUUGCAAGGACAGAUGGGGUAAUACUCCACUUGAUGAUGCAAUUCACUUCAACCAUCACCACAUUGCAAAACUGCUAAGGAACUACCAGCUGUCUUACUGCCUACCAGAGACAGCAGAGAGCAACUGUGAGAAUACAUCUGAUGAAAAUACAGGGGAGAGUGGUGAAAAUCCACCAACCUCUUUUGUCACAAAAGUCUGAAUACCAGUCCUUUUCAUGUGUUGCCUGUGAUGUAGAUGUCUAGUUAAUGCAAACAGCUGUAUCUGCCAGAAUGUACAAUAGAACUAUUUGUCUUACAGCAAAGUCAAAAAUCAAUAUUCACACCUAUAAAAUCACCACAACCUUUGGUCAGGUGGCUAACUACCAGAAAUUACCACUGAAUAAUUCAAAGCAAGAGGUCACCAGCAUUUUGCUCCCCAUAUUUUAGGGAAGGAUAUACCUGCAUUGGAGGCAGUAGAAAGAGAUAGGACAACACUUUCAUUCCAAGGACCAACGAUGAAAGGCAAUUUAAUUGAAAGAAAGAAGAUUCUACAAAAAAAGGGUUGACAUAAAUAGUUUUCACUGGUCAGGAGAUCUGAGACAUAGUAGGGGCACGGUCUCAGGAUAAGGGGCCAAUAAAUCCAGGACUAAGAGUAGAAAUUACAUUAUAAUAGAGUUGAGAUUCUUUUGAAUUUUGUAUUGCAAUGGGUUUUGGAUGCUUCAUCAUUGAAUAUAUCCAAGGCAGGGAUAGAUAUUUUUGGGAUCUCAAUGAAUUCAGGUAUAUCGGGAGCAGGUGGGUGAGUAAUAUUAAAAUCAAAUCUAGGCAGCCCAAGAGCCAUAUGGUCUACUCCUGCUCCUAUUUAGUGUCUGAAUGAUAGAAGAAGAUGGAAGCAAGAUUUUUAAAAGACUAUACCUCCCUGGCGAUGACUUUUACUUUUCUCUUGGGGGAGAUUGCCAUGUAAUUAUAUAGCAGUUACUAUAUUGUGUAUGGUAAAAACAAUGACUGCAGAUGCUGGAAACCAGAUUCUGGAUUAGUGGUGCUGGAAGAGCACAGCAGUUCAGGCAGCAUCCGAGG